AUGCCGAAGAAAAUAAGGUUGGUUGAUAAUAAUGGGAAUGAGGUUGAAGUUGUAUCUAGACGUAACAGAUAUGCUAGAUCCGAGAUAGGUGACACCAGCAAUAAAAGUACAUGUAAUAGUAAGAGAGGAAGUUCGUUGAAAGAAACAUCCAGAGAAAGGACAGAUAUAGAGAACAAAGAAAAUAACAACAUCUCAGGGCCAACUCCUGCAAAAGUUAGUAAGCCCUCAGAGACAAAAGAACAAAAGCUGAAGAAAAUCAAAGAUGUUAUUCAAGAUCUAAUGAGUGAGAGUGGUGAGACAAUAACAAUUUGUUUAGAACCGGAAGCAGAUAAAACAGAAGGAAAGAGUCAAAUCUUAGAGGAAGUCGAACUGCAUGUAUCAGAAAAAGAAGUGAGCACAUUAGAAAUAGCAGAUAAAUCUCACAUGAGUUCAUCCUCAUCAACAACCUCAUCCGGAUCGUCGUCUAGCUCGUCAAGCUCAUCAGGGACAGUCAAGAAAUCAACUCCAGCUAGUAUGUCACAAAAGGCAGAGAACGUCGUGGUAAAACCUCUUGAUACUGAAAUUGAACCAAUAAGAAAUGUUGAGUUUUCAGCUAAGACAUAA